AUGUCCGACGACGAAGACUUCAUGCAGGAGUCGGAUGAGGAGCAGUAUGACUUCGAGUACGAGGAAGACGACGACGAAGAUUCCGGAGAUGUCGGCAUCGAAAACAAAUACUACAACGCGAAGCAGCUCAAGCUUACCGACCCCGAAGAUGCAAUCACAGAGUUCCUGGGCAUACCGCCCUUAGAAGAGGAGAAGGGCGAAUGGGGAUUCAAAGGUCUAAAACAAGCAAUCAAACUUGAGUUUAAGCUUGGCCAGUAUGAUAAGGCGACAGAACACUAUGCCGAACUCUUGACGUACGUCAAAUCAGCAGUAACGAGAAACUACUCGGAGAAAUCGAUCAACAACAUGCUGGACUACAUUGAGAAGGGCUCAGAUGGCCCUAAGGCGGUGGCCUGUGUCGAAAAGUUCUACUCUCUCACGCUCGAGAGCUUCCAAAGCACCAACAACGAGAGGCUCUGGCUCAAGACCAAUAUCAAACUCGCGAAGCUCCUGCUCGACCGCAAGGACUACAACACCGUCUCCAAGAAGCUUCGGGAUCUCCACAAAGCUUGUCAGAAGGAGGAUGGCAGCGACGACCCCAGCAAGGGCACAUAUUCUAUGGAGAUAUACGCUCUUGAGAUUCAAAUGCACGCCGAGACCAAGAACAACAAGCAGCUCAAGCGCCUGUAUCAGCGUGCCCUCAAGGUCAGGUCUGCCGUUCCGCACCCCAAGAUUAUGGGCAUCAUUCGCGAGUGCGGCGGCAAGAUGCACAUGAGCGAGGAGAACUGGGCUGAGGCCCAGACCGACUUCUUCGAGUCCUUCCGCAACUACGACGAGGCCGGCUCACUCCAACGUAUUCAGGUGCUCAAAUACCUGCUUCUCACAACCAUGCUGGUCAAGUCGACAAUCAACCCGUUUGACUCACAGGAGACCAAGCCUUACAAGCAGGACCCGCGCAUUACGGCUAUGACGGAAUUGGUGGACGCCUACCAACGAGACGAUGUCCAUGCCUACGAGAGCGUGCUCCAGAAAAACCAGGAUAUCCUUGCCGAUCCCUUUAUCGCCGAAAACAUUGAUGAAGUUACACGCAACAUGCGUACCAAGGGCGUUCUCAAGCUCAUUGCACCCUACACGCGGAUGAAGCUAGCCUGGAUCGCGAAGCAGUUGAAAAUCUCGCAACCCGAGGUCCAGGACAUUCUCGGUUUCCUCAUUGUUGACGGGAAGAUUGACGGCAAGAUCGAUCAGCAGCUGGGUACCCUUGAGAUCCAGUCAGAUGCCGACAGCGAACGCACCAAGGCCAUGUAUGAGCUCACAGAGUCCGUUUCGAAUCUCUACACCACCAUGUUCAAGGAGGGCGACGGCUUCCGGACCACUGAGUACACUACCGACGACCAGAAUAUGGAUUUGAUGGGCGGCCUGACACCCAGGGCAGGCGGUCCCCGAGGACCACCGCGAGGCGUAGGACGGAAGGGCAAGGGCGUGAUGCCAAUGUGGACUUGA